CCUUUCACAAUGGCGUCCGACCCUAGCAAGAAGAGGAAGUUGAAGGACGCCUCCAAGGACACGACGGAGAGGCGGUCCAAGAAGUCUAAGAAGACCAAGGUCGUCGAGGAGCCUGAGCCAGAGGUCGAGGAUGUCGUCCAGGAGGACGGCGAGGAAGAGGAACAGCAGGAAGAUGUAGCACCGCCUGCUGAGCACGAACAAGAGGAUGGCUCCGACGCAGACGAAAACGAAGAAGCCUCGCCGCCCGAGGCAGCCAAGGCCGACCUCCCGCAGUCCCACCUCUCCCUCCCCCAGGCGGCCGGUACCGAAGUGAGCUCCUUCCACGAGCUGGGCCUCUCCGAGAAAACGAUCAAGGCGAUCGAUGAGAUGGGAUUCAAGACCAUGACGGAGAUUCAGAAGCGUGGCAUCCCGCCUCUGCUCACGGGCAAGGACGUGUUGGGCGCGGCCAAGACGGGCAGCGGCAAGACGCUCGCGUUCCUGAUCCCGGCCAUCGAGAUGUUGCACGCACUCAAGUUCAAGCCGCGCAAUGGCACGGGCGUCAUCGUGGUGUCGCCUACGCGCGAGCUCGCCCUGCAGAUCUUCAGUGUCGCCCGCGACCUGCUCAAGCACCACAGCCAGACGUACGGCAUCGUCAUUGGCGGCGCCAACAGGCGGGCAGAGGCAGACAAGUUGUCCAAGGGCGUCAACCUGAUCAUCGCCACGCCCGGAAGGCUGCUGGACCACCUGCAGAAUACGCCGUUUGUGUUCAAGAACCUCAAGAGCCUGAUCAUCGACGAGGCCGACCGGAUUCUUGAGAUUGGGUUCGAGGACGAGAUGCGCCAGAUCAUCAAGAUCCUGCCCAAGGACGAUAGGCAGACAAUGCUGUUCAGUGCCACACAGACGACCAAGGUGGAGGACCUCGCGAGGAUCUCCCUGCGGCCGGGUCCUCUGUAUAUCAACGUCGACGAGGAGAAGCAGUUCUCGACGGUCGAGGGCGUCGAGCAGGGGUACUGUCUUGUGGAUGCGGACAAGCGGUUCCUGCUGCUGUUCAGCUUCUUGAAGAAGAUGGCCAAGAAGAAGAUUAUUGUGUUCUUUUCGAGUUGUAACUCGGUCAAGUACUUCAGCGAGCUUCUCAACUUUAUCGACCUUCCUGUCCUCCAUCUGCACGGCAAGAUGAAGCAGCAGGCCCGGACCAACACUUUCUUUGAGUUCUGCAACGCCAAGCAGGGCACACUCAUCUGCACGGAUGUGGCAGCCCGAGGCCUCGACAUCCCGGCAGUAGACUGGAUCGUUCAGUUCGAUCCCCCAGAUGACCCGCGCGACUACAUCCACCGCGUAGGCCGGACAGCCCGUGGCUCCAACACCAAGGGUCGGUCCCUCAUGUUCCUGCAGCCUUCCGAGGUCGGCUUCCUCUCGCACCUCAAGGCGGCGCGCGUUCCCGUGGUCGAGUUCGAGUUUCCUUCCUCCAAGAUCUUCAACAUCCAGUCCCAGCUCGAGAAGCUCAUCGGCAAGAACUACUACCUCAACCAGUCCGCCAAGGACGGCUACCGCUCCUACCUGCACGCCUACGCGAGCCACUCCCUGCGGAGUGUCUUUGACGUGCACAAGCUGGACCUCGUCAAGGUCGCCAAGAGCUUCGGCUUUGCCACCCCGCCGCGCGUGGACAUUCAGCUGGGCGCGAGCAUGUCCAAGGACAAGAAGGUGCAGAGCCGGAGGCCAUACGGCAGCCAGCCUGCGCAGAAGAGGAAUGGCUUCAGGAAACACUAAUAUUGAGUCCGUUUCCUUCCUCCCAUCUCUAUGGGUGGAGGGUCAUGCAUGCAAGUAUGCAAAGUGAGGAAGAGCAUCUGGCGCGGACUUUCGGCGUUUAGGUAUGGUAUGAUUUUGGAGAGGCAUGCAUGCAUAGCAUGGCCUUGCCUUGACAAGAAAUAAAGGCGUUGGGCAUUCAAAACCUAGGGCACCUCAUCACAUCAUUUGAAGGUAUCGAUUUGAUAUGAGAGCGUCUGUAGCAAGACCUGAAUUGGAAAACUUUC